AGAGCUGGCUUGUGCCUAGGGAACGCUGAACAGCAGCAUCGGGGUGAGAUCUGAUGGGCAUUUGGGAAGCUGGAAAACAGGAUUUGCUGGCCAAGUGGUCUGGGAACGAUGGCUUUUGGAUGUGAGGUUUGGGUUCCAGUGCAUGAGUGACUGAAGUACACUUAAGCUUUUUCCUCUUCAAAUGUCUGUGGUUGUUCAUAGGUGAUUGUCAUUGUUGGAGACCUUGCAUUACACAGAACUCUCUAUCCCGAGUCUCUCAUCAGAAAAUAUCUUCAGAAGAAGCCUUUGGUCUUCACCUUCAGGCAGAUUUCUACUUUAGAGAUCGCGUCAUCCCCCUUCCUGUGAAAAUAACAUGAACCAGAAAGUGUUAGUUUUCCUUCUCCCAAAUUUUUUUUUUGGGAUAUUUCUUUUUGGGUUUUUCUGUAAGAGACAAAAAAAUCUAACAGGUGUUUUUCCUGAUCCCACUGCAGAGUGGCUGGCAAUUCAAAAUGAUCGCAAAAGCACACUGGCUUCCGUCUGCCUGAAGAACAACUUUCGUAAAUUAAGCAGCAAAUUGGAUUCUUAUGUUGCAAGCCGGCUCUUUGUGGAGCACAAACAUAAGUUUAUCUACUGUGAGGUGCCCAAGGUAGGCUGCUCCAACUGGAAGAGAACUAUUUUUAUUCUCCAAGAAGACUUGAAUACAGAAGCUUCUGAAAUUGAGCAUGACCAGAUCCACCAAACCUCGGUGAUCAAAAAGCUAGACAGUUAUCCUCCUGCCAGGCAAAAGGAAUUUCUGAACAAUUACACCAAAGUGAUGUUCACCAGACAUCCCUUGGAACGGCUGGUUUCAGCUUACAGGGACAAACUUCUGCACUCAGAGCCAUAUUACAGUAUCACUAUUGCUAAUGAGAUGAAGGCAAUGUUCAGGAAAAACAAAAAUUCUUCUGAAAAAGUGAGCUUCCAGGAGUUUGUCAGCUUCAUUAUAUCAAGAAGGCCAGAGAGUCUUGACAUUCACUGGAAACCCAUGUUUCUGCUCUGUGAUCCUUGCAACAUUCACUAUGAUAUUCUGGGUAAGUAUGAAACUUUGGGGAUAGAUUCUGAGCAUGUUUUGAGGGCCAUUGGAGCACCAGAGAACCUGCAAUACCCCAGCUUGAAGAGGUAUAGCUCAGAGAAGCGAACUAGUGGUGCCAUCACCUUGGAGUAUCUCAGACAAUUGAACUCAGAACAAAUUGAGAAGAUAAUGAAAAUGUAUCAAAUGGAUUUUUUCAUGUUCAACUACACUAUGGAAUACAAGGAUUAUUUUUCCCUGCAUGACUAACAUAGGUUAAACAAAGAACAAUUUCCUUUGUACAAAAUGGGCUGAACUUGGCCUCACAGCUGCUUGAUAGGUGGGUUGGCAACUGACUGAUGCUGAGAUUUUACUGGUGUUUGGAGACAUGGUUCAUCAUCCUAAGCACUCUUAUAACAAAUCUUUGCCGUGACCUGUUGUAUGGUACAGUACUUUACCUAGA